AAUACAAACCACCCUCUUUCUAUCUUCAUAACCACCAGAAGUCAGCGCCUUGUUUUGUCUUCAUAUUCUUCUCUAUCUUUUCAAAGAGCCAGCUGCUCAUGGAUGUUGAUUGGGAUUUGCAUGCGGUGGUGAGAGGCUGCGCCACCGUCACAACCACCAGCAGUGGUGGUGGUGUAGACAGCUCUUCCAUGGCGGAUUUGCACCCUCGAUCGGGGUUUUCACCUUUUUCCAGUCAAGAACCUUUUAAGGGUCAAAUCUUGUCUUUCCCAAAUCAGUUCGAAGCCAGAAAUGAUAGGGAGGAACUGCAUGAGCUUUACAAGCCUUUCUUCCCCAAAUCUCAGACUCUCUCCUCGAAGAUGAAACUGAAACAACAGCAAGAGCAUAAGCAUAAGCAUAAGCAGUCUCACGCUGUCUCUAUUACAAGCGUUGCUACACCAGCUAGUAGCACUUGUAGGAUUCCCAGUUCUCAUAAUUCUCGAUGUAAAAGACGAAAGAAUCAGCUGAAAAGGGUUUGUCAAGUUCCGGCAGAGGGUCUAUCUUCAGAUGUGUGGGCAUGGAGAAAAUAUGGUCAAAAAUCCAUCAAAGGGUCUCCUUAUCCAAGGAGCUAUUACAAAUGUAGCAGCUCACAGGGGUGUUUGGCUCGCAAACAAGUGGAACGUCACAGAUCCGACCCCAAUAUGUUCAUUGUCACGUACACGGGUGAACACAGCCACCCUGCUCCAACGCACCGGAAUUCACUCGCCGGCAGCACCCGCCAGAAACCUUUGGCUCCACAAACGGACGUCGCCGGUGACUCGAUAAAAACCUCCUCGGCUAAACCCGCCGACAGUUCGUCUCCGGCGAUCUCCGUGGAUGAAGAAGUUGUGGUUCAAAGUACAAUGGUGGACAGCAGAAAGGAUUUGGUUGAGGAUGAAGGGGAAGAUGAGUUCAGGAUGGACACGGCAGUGAGUGAUGAUUUCUUCGAGGGUUUAGAAGGAAUCGUUGAAAUGGUCGCCGGAGAUUUUUUCCGAUAAUUUCCCGGAUUUCUA